AAUUUUUCGUCAUUCAAAAACUAUGCCACCUCCAUAUUCUUAUGAGAAGCCAACCACUUGGGCCAUUGAUCUUGAUAGCGCAACGAAUAUUUUGUGUGCAAACAUUGUGCAGGUGUUGUUGUGGCCGAUGUGAGAGUCAUCUGUUGAGAGUCCUGCGAACGAAUGAAUGGAGUGAACAGGAGCUUCCUAAUGUAGUGCUCCUUGUGCUAGCGCUUCGUCAACGGUACAAAACAUGGAAAAUUGCUCGCAUGACGCAGACACACACACACGAAAACACACCCCCCAACAUUCAUCGCAUGAACGGCACGGCACAGGCUGGCAAUGAGGCAAGCUACCAGAGUAGCUUAAGGUAUUCGAUAGCGAUGCUAUCAAAAGGGAUAUUAUCAGUCCUUUCGCGACAUUCAACGCGAUUGUAUCACAAGCGGAGCAGAGAAUCUAGUGCUUUGUUUCGAACGAAUUUUAGUUUGGUUUUAGAUUUCAAAUUUUCACAACGGAAAAAAGUCCUCCGAAUUUCAAAUUCGAAUCAGUUUCAAAUGAAAUAAACAAAUUCUUUCUUUCAACCGAUUUUAUUUAUUGGUUCGUUGUAAAUUGGUGAUGAUUUGAACAAAAGAUUAUUCGAAUGACAUUUUGGAACACGCAAUACACCAAAGACAGAUCGUGAAUGUUUACGUUAUUCAAUCUGGUGUCGGAAUUUAUGUAGUGUUUGAUUUAAACACCCAAUAAAAAUAAUCGAAGCGUAUUUCGUGUGUAAAUUUCAAAGUUCCUUUUAUUUUUUAUCACAAUACAAAGUGUGUUAUUGAUAUAUGUUAUUGGAGCAUGCGUUGAGAAAAAGGGAGAGGAAGAGAAAUUAGAAAACAGAACAACGAGAAAAUAGUCAUUAUUAAUUGAGUAAGAGUAAAGGUGAAUUCACUUGGCGCUUGUGUUCGUCAGACCCUAGAGGGUCAAACUAUGAACGAUGGCACAACGAAGAAAACGUAUGAAAAAGGUGAUAAGAAUGAGAAAGCGGAAAAAAAUGGCGACGAGAAAAAACCACCAUCAUUGUCCAUUGAUCGUGCUGCAUUCCUGAUCUUACGCGUAAAAAAGGCGUUCAAGAAGAAGCGACAACAGCGCAAGGAACGACAAGCUGCAGCUGCUGCACUUGCUGCUCAAACGAGCACGAGGAGUUCACGGAGACUCGUUCCACCUUUGCUGCGGUCAAAAACUUUGCCCGCAAUCAUAACACCAGCUUCGGUUGUGUGCAAGGUCGCCAAAAAAGGGCUACUAAUUGGUGAUAACUUGGGUUGUUCGAGUUUCAGUGCCCGAUUGUCAUUACAGCCGAAACUUUCGCGUGCAUCGUUGAUAAGUGAUGACACACCGACAGAAUAUCGACGUAAAUCGGCUGGCAGCCCAAAUGCAACGGUCUAUAGUACGGCCGGUGGUUUUGGUAGCGUGAGCAAUAAUGCUGAUCCAUAUAUCUAUGCGUUUGAUGAAUGCGAACGACAUCCAGAUGGAACCGUUAUUCUUAGAAUCCCAGCACCGCAUGUGGUUGCAGCACGUGCAUAUCAUAUGGCCAGCAGUCCAUCGGGAUCGUCGAACAUCACCAUCAUCGGCCCAAAUUCGGCUAAUAGCCAGGAAAAGACACCACUGUAUCGACUUGCCAAACUCUUAAAUCAAACUAUGAAAUCGAAUGAACAACAUAUCGUUUUAAAAGAUGAUGCACCGCGGCGACUCUCUUGGGAACGACGAGAUAAUGCAAAUGCACGGAUACCGCGCUCAUCAAGCAUCGAUUCAAUGGUUGAGGCUGUAUGGAGCGAAACAUCUACACCUAGACCAUCGCUAACAUUGUCACCGCCACCGCAAACAUCACAGCCAACGCCACAAUAUUUACAAAUCAAUUAUGGUAAUACAGGGAGCAUUAGCAGACGUGAAAGUUUAUUAAGUCCAUCGGCUGGUCGUCGAGCGAAACAACAGCGAUAUGUUGCUGAAUCAGCAAUAUUACCUGAAACGGAGCGUGUAAAUAAAAUCCGUGCCACGUCGAUAGCGCCCGUACAAUUAAUAUCGAAUCUAUCGAAAAAACCGUCCACAGUAUCGAAUGUAUUUUACGCGAAUGGAAAGGCGCACGGCCAUUCCAAGCAUCGUGUUGCAUGCAUUGGUCAACAUCCCCAUAAUCAUUAUCAACAACAACAACAACAGCAGCAGCAACAGCUGAACGAGUUGUUUAUCCAACAAAAACAUCCGAUUCAAAAGCAUCAUUCGGUGGAAAUUGAUCGCAAAAAUAUGGACUUUUUGAUACCACGAGCACCAAAUGCUACUACGGCUGCCGCCACAUGCCAAUCGCAAGCCGCCUUCUCGAGCAUCGUUGCACAGCGUUUCACAUUGAAUGACAUUAAAAGUCAUCUAAGCGAUAAUUUUAAAAUUAUUCAAUCAACGGCAGCACCGCCACAAAAAAUGACGAAAAAACAACUGAAAUUGGCACAGGCACAAUUAGACAAAUUAACACAAAUUAAUAUUCAUUUACAGGCUCUAUUUUCGGCUGUUGAAAAUGGUCAUUUGGAAAAAGCUCGAACAAUUCUCGAAUCAACUGAUGUAGAUAUAAACAGUUUGAACAGUGACGGAUUGUCGCCUUUGGAUGUAGCCGUGCUUAGCAACAAUCGGUCACUUACAAAGAUGCUGCUACAACACGGUGCAACUGAGGGAAAUAAAUUUAAAUCAACCGAUUCGUUGGGCAACCAUUUGAAUAAUUUGCUGCGAGAAGCUGAAAAUCGCAUUCAAGAACUGAGUGGCAUUGAAGAUACUCCGCAAGCUCCAUUCAGCACACGAGCUUCGUUUUCCAGUAUUAUCGGCACCGCAUACGCUGGACCAUCUGUAUCGGGUUGCACCGGUACAGAGACUGACAAACAGAUUGGCAUGUGGGAACGUCGUAUCAAAGGAUUGCGUCGAAUGCUUUUGGGGUGGGAUCAAACGAAACCACCCGAUCCGCCAAAUUUCAUUGGCAUCGAUGUCACAAGCACGAAUUCAGCUAACUUGCGCAUACAGGAAUCUGGUGAUGGGCCAAUAGCGACUAAGUUCAAAGUUCAAUGGUCAUCACGUGUCGACUUCAGCAAUAUCGUUGGUGAACGUGAAGUAAACGAAUGGAAUAGUUUUCAAAAUAUAAUGGCUGCCAAUUGCCGAAUAACCGAUUUAACACAUGGCCGACGCUACUUCUUUCGUGCAUGCUGUGGCAACGUCAAGGGAUGGGGCCAAUAUCUCACAUCAACACCAAAUAGUAUUACACCAUCGAGUUGGCGUGAUUUGGAGAAUAUUGAAUCAAGAUUUGCUGGUCGGCAAAAAAUUCUUGAUGACCUUUUUACAGCCGUGCGUCUAUCACGACCAAAUGAUGCAUCUGAAAUACCAUUAGACACACCAGCGCUACAAAGACGAAAUCCAAAGAAGAAAACCACCAUCAAGCAACUGUUUUCAGCGGCCUCGAAAUUUCAGAAAAAUUUAAGACGCGGAAUAUUUUUGGCUUGCAUCUUAUACCAUGAAGAUAAAAUCUUGGUCACGAACGAAGACUUUUUGCCAGUCAUCGAAAUCGAUGAAACGUAUCCGAGUAGUUUGCACACCGAUUACCAUUGGCUCAUGAAGGUGGCUUGCACCUGGGAUGAUGUGAAAACACUUCGCACCGAUAUGGAACGGAAUGCCACGUCGGCUGUUCACUUUCGGACGAAAUUGUUGACGGCCGCCUGUCAAAUGCAAUCAGCAUUAUGCAUACAGGAUUUAGGUCAAUUGUAUCAUAAACCGUUACGCGAUUCUCAUGGAACCGUUGUUUUAGCUUGUGUAAACAACGUUAAGGGACCGAAAACUGUGUCAGUACUCAACUCAAGGUGGAUUCCAUUAAACAAAGUGCAGAAGAAAAUGACAGCAAUCCACGAAGAUAACAACAUCAAUGAGAUUUUGUUGAGUUCAAUUCAAGAGCAAAUCAAUUACCAUCAAGCAUCAACGGUGCGCUUGUCGAAGGGUUUGUAUCUAGGCUAUUUAAAAAUGCAAAGCUCUGUCGAUCAAAUUCAAAUUGUUGUACCGGCAAAAACGCCAAAUAUUUUGCCACACUCGAAGAUCCGUGAAAAUAACCAUAUUUCGUCGGAAGAGUGGAAAUUUUUGAAACGAACCAAACUGACGGGCAAUACGGAUAUGGGUGAUGAUCGGCCGUCUAGUGGCCAAGAGCUAUUUAUUGGUGCAUUAACUGCGGCCGCCACACGGCUCUUCAAAUACAUGGACAUUUCGUUGGAGGAUGCGAUGCCGAAUCGUCUGUAUGAUUUUGAAGUGAUUGAAUUGAGUGCGGAUGUUAGCUUUUUGAUUGUAUGCCCGCCGGCCGAAUCAUCGUGCGCUGUACCUGGACAAAGGGAAAUUCUAUUACAACGAGGCGAUUUGCUGAGCCUACCGAUUCAAGCCUUCGAAAUGGUUCAUUUGAAAACGUACCAGAGUGGCAUCAUUCAAAAGUAUUCACGUUUAUCGUGCAUUUUGGAAUUGGACACGGUGUUGGCGAAUCAAUCGCAUCGCGAAGCAUUUUCAACGAUUGAAGUGCAAGCGGCCAAAGAACGUUUAGCCAAAUUACAAGAUUUGACGCAAAGCUUGAACGCUAUUUGGAAGGGUGUACGUUGGUUGAUGGACGUGAUUAGUUUUGCACGUGAUCGUGGCGCAUAUCUUGGUCUUUAUAUGCGCGAUAUUUUCGAAUAUAGUCCAAUGAAUAAAGAGGAAUUGACGGUAACGCGUGAUCCGAUCAAUCAACAAUUGUUGCAACCGCCACCGCCACGGGGAUCGAUCAAAAGUUCACCGGGACGUGGAAGCUGGCCCGGUCCAACGCAUUCACUUGGCGCAAACGGUUUGCUGGGUGCCGAACACUCAAAAUCUGAACAACAAUUGAGUGGUGCCAGUUUCAAUAUGAGUUCACGAUACUUGAGCGCAACAUCGGGCAUUGAAACGUCAUCACGUAAAAAUAGUGCGGACUCAAAUUUCUCACACUCGGGCAAUAGUUACUAUUCAGCUGGAGAAUCAGUUGAACACAUAAAUCAACGACUUCCACCAUCGCGAUCCGAAGACACAUUAGUACUAUCGAAAAAGCAUUCGACACCAUUACAUCGAAAACGUGCGACGACUGUAAAUCCAACAUUUGCCGGCGAUUCAUCGACACCGGUCACACCAUCCAAACCGUUUAUGCAAAAACCGAACAACGAAUCCAUUUCAAAUCCAGCCACCGAUUCAGAUGUGGUGAUUGCACGAGAAACGAUGACAACAUCCACACCGAUCGCGGCGAGCGGUGGUUCACCAAAGGAAUUAGUUGCAAGCAAAAAGGAAGAGUUGAAGUUGUUUACCGAAGAUCCAAUCAUCUUCAAAGAUCAAUUGCACAUUACCGAAGGUGAUGCCAUUGAACCGGUGCGAAAAUCAUCCACACCGGACUAUCCGUCAACGAAUCCAUUUAAAAUUUCAGCUGAACGCCGACCAUCGAGUAGCCAGAAAAGUUCACCGGAACACAGCAAGAAGAAACAAGGCUCGCCACAGCGUCAGGCCGGCGAUGAUGAAGAGGAUGCAACGACAAGCAACAUGCUGCCUGGCAUCAUUCAGGUGUUUGCGGCAUACAAUACGGGUUUAGCGAAUGGUACAAGCCUAAAACUCCAUGUCACACCACGGACAACCGCACGUGAGGUGGUCGAUUUAGUGGUGAAACAAUUAAAUAUGGCUGUUGUGCUCAAGGGUAAAGACGGACCAAUCUACGGUGCUGAACAAUUCGAUAAUUUCUGCUUGGUCGCAGUAAUUGGUGCUAGAGAACGUUGUCUGCGCGAUGAUUUUAAGCCAUUGCAGUUGCAAUACCCAUGGAAGCGUGGCCGUUUGUAUGUUCGUCAAAAAAAUGAUUUACUGGCUGCCAUCGAACAUUCAAAUCGAGAAGCUACAUUAAUUUAAGCCAAUCAUUUUACGAUUCCAUGUGAUUUGAUGCUGAUAUUUAUGAAAUGAAUGCAUAUAUAUUGAUUCAAUAAUAAAUACAAAAUUGAGACAUGGACACUAGGCACAAUUUUGUCUAGGAAAAUUUCAAAAUAAAAACAAAUAACGAAUGCAUGUUAGAUUGACUAUAAAUAAUUAGAAUUCAUUUAUUUGUGCUUUGAUGGCAAAAGCAAAACAAGACAGACUAUAUAUAUAAUUAUGCAAAUACAGGCUUUGACGAUGAAGCGAUUGAUGUGGUUUACCAAGUACGCAGUUGUUGGUGUGUUUAAGUCGCAUGUCGGCCGAUUGUUGUGUAUUUAGCGUUUUAAAAUGAGGGAAUAUUAUUUACAAAUGUGUUAUAUAAUGUGUCCACAUAGUAUGUUUUAGCUAGAAAGUUGAGAUGAGCGCAUAUGUAUUAUGGAUUGACACAAAAACAAAACAAAAAUAUGAUGAUUAUUAAUUAGAAAUCAUUUUUAGCUGAUUGAUUAUUAUUAAACAAAAAGAAUGAACACACAAAAAGAAAGAAA